AUUGUCUGCAAACAUAAACUGUCAACUUGACAGUUUUCCGAUUCCUAUUGCAGACAGAACAAAAAACAACAACAACAACACAUUUUUGAAGAAGUCUCCAAGUUAUGGCAUUCACAAUUCGAUUAUUUGGAAAUAUUUGUAAAAAUACUUUACUUACAACAACAUGCCGACAACGAAUUAUCAAUCCAUCUUGCCUAGCCAAGUUCUCCUCUGCCAAUAAAGAAGCUGACUUCCCAUUACUGGAUGCUGCUUCCUAUGACAAAGUUUGUACCGAAACUUUAGAUUCCUUGUGUUAUUAUUUCGAGGAAAUUACAGAAGGAGCAAAUAAUUUGGGUUCUACUGAUGUUACAUAUGGAGACGGAGUACUCACAGUUAAGUUAGGAGAAGAACAUGGAACUUAUGUGAUAAAUAGGCAAUCUCCCAAUAAACAAAUAUGGCUUAGUUCUCCGACGAGUGGUCCCAAGAGAUAUGAUUUUGUUGGCCCUCAUAAAGACGAAGGUAAAUGGAUCUACAAACACACUGGAGAAUCAUUGCAUGAGCUGUUGCAGAAUGAAAUAAAGAAAAUAAUUAAGGAAGAAGAUAUAGACUUCUUUACAUUGCCUUAUAGUAAAUGAAACUUAAUUUUGAAACUUGAAUCUUUUGUUGAGACUUUUUAGUAAAUUAUUUUAAACUAUUCA